AUGAGAGGUGGCAUGAGAGGUGACACCAGAGGUGGCACGGGAGGUGGCACAAGAAGUGGCACGAGAGGUGACACCAGAGGUAACACGAGAGGUGACAUGAGAGGUGGCAUGAGAGGUGACAUGAGAGGUGACACCAGAGGUGGCACGAGAGGUGGCACGAGAGGUGGCCACGCCACGCCAGGAGCGCCGCAGCCUCACUGGGGAGGCACGAGGACGCUGCGGUGUCCCCCGCCGCGCCGCGCCGGUGGCACUGGGGCGGCCGUCGCGCUGCCACGCGGGGAAGCCACGGGACACUUCGACAUGUGGCGGGACUACCUGGGGCUGGCGGCCGUGGUGGCCGUGCUGCUCCGCGAGCCUGCGGGCCUCGGGGACAUCUCGGGGCCACUGGGAGCUCUGGCUCCGUCUGCCAGGCCAGCUCCACAUGCAGGGCCAGCUCCACAUGUGGGACCAGCUCUGUGUGCCGAACCAGCUCCGUGUGCCGCGCCAGCUCCACACGCUGGGCCAUAUCCACAUGUAGGACCAGCUCCAUGUGCUAGACCAGCUCUGUGUGCCGAACCAGCUCUGUGUGCCAUGCCAGCUCUGUGUGCCGAACCAGCUCCACGUGCCGAACCAGCUCCACGUGCCAGGCCAGCUCCACAUGUGGGACCAGCUCUGUGUGCCGAACCAGCUCCACAUGCUGGGCCAUAUCCACAUGUGGGACCAGCUCCGUGUGCCGUGCCAGCUCUGUGUGCCAAACCAGCUCCACGUGCCAGGCCAUCUCCACAUGUGGGACCAGCUCCGUGUGCUGAACCACCUCCCCCCGUGGGACCCCCUGCGUGCUCGGCGCCGGUUGCGUGCUCGUUCUGCCAGCACAACGGCGAGGCCCCGGGCGUGUACCAGAGCCACAGCCUGCGGGACGCCCAGGGCCGGCUGCAGUGCCCGGUGCUGCGCAGCUACGUGUGUCCCCAGUGCGGCGCCACGCAGGACCAGGCCCACACGCGCCGCUUCUGCCCCCGCACGCACCGCGGCUACACGUCCGUCUACGCGCGCCCCGCGCCCGCCGGCGGCGCCAGGAGGAGGCCGAGGGACACCAGCAUGUAGCCGAGGGACGGAGGAGCCUGUGUCACCGCGCAGGAACUUCUCCAGAGGAUGAGACUACGGCGUGGAGCUCGACUGGGACCAGUCUUGGAGCUCCACUGGGACCAGUUUGCCCAGUUUGUGCCGCCUCCCGACGCCGUGGCACCCGCAGGAGUCGUGGCACCCCAG